CCGCUACUAAAGCCCAAGACUCCCGGCCUGGGGCGGCCUGGGGAGGGACGCGGGCGGGGACGGAGCUCGGCGUGCUUGCUGCUGGAGGGUGAUGGCCCUGCAAGGCUGUGGGCUCCGACCUCAGCUGGAGUCGGCAGCGAGAGGUUCGCGGAACAGCGAGGUUCUGGGCGAGCGCUGAACGCCUGCCCCAAGCACCCCGGGUCUUUACACAGUCCGCGUCCACAGACUCUGAAGAAGACGUGGAUCUGCUCUUGCUUUCGCUGCUCGCGUCCUCCAGAUCAUGUCCGCGACUCCUGCGACUCCGCGCGGAAAAAAAAGUUUGCCAGGCGUGGACUCAAUGACCUUUCCAAACUGUGCGCCUCGCUGCCUGGACCGGGUUUGAGCGCUGCUGAGCAGGCAGACCUUUCUGCAGGAGGGCUUUCUCUACGUGCUGUUGUCUCACUGAGUUUUUGUCGGAGCCCCACGCACUCCUGCCUCUGAUUCCUGGAAGAAAGGGGUGGUCCCCUCAGCCCCCCAGCAUCCCGGAAAAUGGGGAGCAAGGCCCUGCCAGCGCCCAUCCCGCUCCACCCGUCGCUGCAGCUCACCAAUUACUCCUUCCUGCAGGCCGUGAAUACUUUCCCGGCCACAGUGGACCACCUGCAGGGCCUGUACGGUCUCAGCGCGGUACAGACCAUGCACAUGAACCACUGGACGCUGGGGUAUCCCAAUGUGCACGAGAUCACCCGCUCCACCAUCACGGAGAUGGCGGCAGCGCAGGGCCUCGUGGACGCGCGCUUCCCCUUCCCGGCCCUGCCUUUUACCACCCACCUAUUCCACCCCAAGCAGGGGGCCAUUGCCCAUGUCCUCCCAGCCCUGCACAAAGACCGGCCCCGUUUUGACUUUGCCAAUUUGGCGGUGGCUGCCACGCAAGAAGAUCCACCUAAGAUGGGAGACCUAACCAAGCUGAGUCCGGGGCUGGGUAGCCCCAUCUCGGGCCUCAGUAAAUUGACUCCGGACAGAAAGCCCUCUCGAGGAAGGUUGCCAUCCAAAACGAAAAAAGAGUUUAUCUGCAAGUUUUGCGGCAGACACUUUACCAAAUCCUACAAUUUGCUCAUCCAUGAGAGGACCCACACGGACGAGAGGCCGUACACGUGUGACAUCUGCCACAAGGCCUUCCGGAGGCAAGAUCACCUACGGGAUCACAGGUAUAUCCAUUCCAAAGAAAAACCCUUCAAAUGUCAGGAGUGUGGGAAAGGAUUUUGUCAGUCUAGAACUCUAGCAGUUCACAAAACUUUACACAUGCAGACAUCAAGCCCUACAGCUGCGAGCAGUGCGGCAAAGUGUUCAGGCGAAACUGUGAUCUGCGGCGGCACAGCCUGACUCACACCCCGCGGCAGGACUUCUAGAGAAGCCCAGGAUCUGUCCCGUGCCGCCGCUGCUCCCCUCCCCCGACACCUCUCCACGUCUCCUUCCCGGGGGGUUGCACCCCUAGCCAUUCACUGACCCCAGCUCUUCCCUUGCUGCAACCGCACCUGCAGCUCCAGGGAGUUAACUCUUCUUCUGGGGGACUGAGAACUGUAGAAAGCCACACACUACAUCCCUUCACAAAGAGUAUAUGCUAGUUUUUUGUAGAUAUUCACAGCUCAUUUUAGAGCUCUGUACAUAAUGUUGUGGGUCUUUGUUUUGUUGUUUUGUUUGUUUUUGGAUCUUGUUGGAUGCGCCUAGAUAUGGAAAAUGGAAGCCAAAUUUUAUCUUUAAAGACUGUAUUUUCAAAAUAAAACUUUUUCUUGUUUGUUUCAACA